AUGGUAACGACAGGUUUAUUUUUUUCAACUGUUCUGUUUUGUCUUCCAGGGUUUGGCAUGACCACCCCAGCCACCGUCGGAGGCAAAAUCUUUCUGAUAUUUUAUGGCCUUAUAGGAUGUGCAGGGACCAUUUUGUUCUUCAACCUGUUCCUAGAGCGCUUGAUCACUGUCAUAGCCUACGUCAUGAAGUCCUGCCAUGAAAGACAGCUGAGGAGGAAAGGGGUCCUCCCUCACAAUGGCCGGCGGGGCUCGGGGACCUCCGAGGUGGACAGCCUGGCGGGCUGGAAGCCCUCCGUGUACUACGUCAUGCUGAUUUUAUGUGUAGCAUCACUCAUCAUUUCCUGCUGUGCCUCUGCAAUGUACACACCGAUUGAAGGGUGGAGUUACUUUGACUCACUUUACUUCUGCUUCGUGGCCUUCAGCACCAUCGGUUUCGGUGAUCUGGUCAGUAGCCAGAACAUCAAGUAUGAGAGCCAAGGCCUUUACCGCUUUGGCAAUUUUGUCUUCAUACUCAUGGGGGUGUGCUGCAUCUAUUCCUUAUUUAACGUGAUCUCUAUUGUCAUCAAACAGUCCAUAAACUGGAUAUUAAAGAAGCUGGACUGCAGGUGCUGCCACAGAUGCCAAAGAAAAUUAUUUCGUUCACGGAGGAAUGUGGUAAUGCCGGGAAAUGUGCGUGGCCGGAGAAACAUCUCCAUCGAGACUGAUGUUAUCAAUGAGAGUGACACAGAUGGACGCCGGCUGUCAGGCGAGAUGAUCUCCAUGAAAGACUUCCUGGCCUCCAAUAAAGUCUCACUGGCCAUAAUGCAGAAACAGCUGUCGGAAACUGCUAAUGGCUAUCCAAGGCAAAUGAGCUCUAAUUCAAAGCAAAAUGGAUUCUCUGGUGGGGUUGGAGCCCUAGCAAUUAUGAAUAACAGACUGGCAGAGACAAGUGUGGAUAGGUAA